AUGACUAGGAAACGCCGAAAUCAUGGUCGAUCGAAAAAAGGUCGCGGUCAUGUCCGGUUUAUUCGCUGCAGUAACUGUGGGCGGGCCUGUCCGAAAGACAAGGCUGUAUGGAAACUGGUGACGCGCAGCAUGGUCGAAACCGCAGCGUUGAAAGACUUGGAGGACGCAUCGGUUUAUGGAAGUGAGUUUUUACCAAGGCUGUACGUCAAACUGCAGUACUGUAUUAGUUGCGCCAUUCACAACAAGGUCCUUCGCAACAGGAGCCGUGCCGAUCGCCGUUUGAGAAAGCCAUUGAAGCUGCCAACACAACGAACGGACAACCAGCGUCCUGUACCUCAGCGCACAUAA